CGUUAAGUAAACUGAAGCAGUUUCAGAGCAUUCUCUUUCAGAUGAUUAUUAAUACGUUUCUUUAACUUUAAUUACAAUGUUUUUAACCACCUCACACAUAUUAUCAGAUUAAACGGUAAGUAGCCAUAACAAAUUAAAUGUAUAUUUAAUAAUGUAUGAGAAACAAUAACACGGACCUACUUUCUGAUUGAGGAAAUCAUGAGACAGUGUUAAAUCAGAACUCGCCGAAGUAUUUUGAGGGCAGCGACCGUCCAUAACAGAUAAUUAUUACGGUGACAUUUGGAUAAAUAGGUAGGUUUUACAAGACGAUAAAACAUUAUCAUCCCACAAUUCUAUUAUCUCUAUUGGUCAUAGGCUAUUCAAAAGAUAUACAAAAAUUGUCACCAACUCGUCUUUUUGCUCUCCUGGUAAUAUCAACUUCAGUCGCGAUUAAACCGUGCACAAUGACUUAUCGCAGAAUAUUUUUCCUGGUUUUAUUUAUCGGUGCCGCGAGAUGUGUACCCACGGUUUCAACCAAACAAGGAUGCUCGUCACAAGACUCUGAAGCGAACCCCUCACAAAUCAGGAAUACUUUCGAAGUCACAACAGAUAGUAGUAUUCCUGAUAUAAAGGACAAAGUGGAAAUUAAAGUGUACUACGAGACUUUAUGCCCGUUCAGCAUGUUGUUCUUCACGUCACAGCUGAAACCCGCCGUGGCUAGGCUAGGCUCACAUUUAGACGUACAUUUAAUACCCUACGGACACGCCAAGACUAAUGCCGUACACGACACGUACAAGUUCGAUUGCCAGCACGGUCAACCGGAGUGCUUCGGCAACUUGAUACAGGCGUGCGCCAUCGACGUCCUGAACGACACCACCCGCGCCGUCAACUUCAAUACCUGCCUGAUGAGGUCCUUCUACCGCAGCACCGACUACCAAUACUUGGUCUCGGUCUUCUAUUGGUGUGGCUACAUAGAAAAAGUCAAUGUCAGAAAAAUGAAAAAAUGUUUAAAUAGUAAACGCGGACCCAUCCUUCUGAAGGAGUAUGGUGACGAAACAACAGCGUUACAGCUGAGCUACGUACCCUACGUGUUGAUAAACGGGUCCGAGGACUAUCAGGACCAAGCUUCCAGCGACCUGAUAGGAACAGUCUGCCGGAUGCUGCGGCCGCAGCCUGCUGCUUGCUAUAGAAAUAGAUAUUAGUAAAACUCC